CAUUUUUGCAGCAACCUGGACGGGCUGAAGCGGUUUCAAGCGCUUUGAUGCAAAAACGGUGGUAAAGAACAUCUAUAUUCUCUCCUCCAAAAGUGAGAUACCUAUAGCAGCAGAAAACCAGGAGGUCAUGGACUUGGUGGAUCCUUCUACCCCUCUUCCCCCUUGGUUCACGGAGGAAGACUUAGCAGUAUAUGGAGCUCUGUAUGAGAAAUCCGGAUUUCGGACUGCAAUGGGAGUCCCAUAUAGGGCAAUACAUGAAGAAGAGUUAGGAUUGACAGAUCCAAAAAUUGAAGUUUCAGCAUUGUUGAUCAUGGGUUGCAAGGAUUAUGUCUUCAAAAUUCCAGGAAUGGAAGAUUACAUAAAGAGUGGAAAGGUUAAAGAGCUAGUUCCUAAUCUGGAUAUUGCAUAUUUGCAUGGAGGAUCCCACUUUGUUCAGGAGCAAUCGCCUGAGCUGGUGAAUGAGCUGAUCCUCGGCUUUCUCCAAGUCCAUAGCUGACGAGAUUGUCUAAUUACUGGAAAACCUAGACUUCAAAAUAAGAUGUUAUAUAAUGUUUUUAGCAUAUUGUGAAAAUAAUUCAGGAGCUUCCUA